AUGGCGUUGCUAAUGGACCCUGCAGAAUCCGUAGGAGGAGUUAUUGUUACAGUUGAUGCGAAAAGUACACGUUUUUUUGGAACUGUAUAUGAUAUAUCUGUAAAUUUGAAAGUGGAAACAUAUCAUGGGAGAUCGGCGAGAGCAUGUAUGCUUGUUUCGGAAACAACCUUCGUCCUUGUCCCCUUCAGAAACCCGGAAUUAUUCGGUCUCGAAAUUGGCCAGUGGACGGGAACUUUAUUUUCGCCUGCAUUGCAAUCCCUCGCGAGAAAGCCGAGAUUGGUCUCUGGAACGAUCCGGGACGACGUCUCUGUAAUAGUUUUGUGGUUGACUGUGAGAACAUCGUUGCUGUUUGACGGCUUUGGAUCCUCGUGCAUUCUGUCCAACGAACGCAUCUAUCGAAAGGUGAAAUCCACGACCAAUAACAUUAUGGAAGCACCGAUUGCGGAGGUCGAGGAAGGUGCUUCCGCACCCUCCGCUGCAGAUGCGCAAGGAACGGUAGCAUCCGGAGCCGAAGUACCGGAGUCUGCGGAACUGCUCGAUCAGCCAUCGUCGGAACCCGCCUCUCGGUCCACAUCCGCGUCCCCAACGGCCCCUUCCAAUGGCGCUACCACCACAACACGGCAGACGUCGAAGAAAGGAGGUCGAGGUGGACGUUCCCUGUCGCCUGUCUUUGACACCGCGACAAUGGCGGCAGUGCAACAAGCUGUGCCCAUUCUUACCGACAUGGGCUUUCACGGUGUGGCGACCUUGCUGGGGACGUCGUCCGCUGCACUCGUGCUCACUCCUUCCUCCAGUGCUAGUAGUACGGUGGCUUCUUUUGGGAGUGCUGCUGCCGGGACUGCUACACUUGCAACGGCGACCCACUCGAAAGGUAGUCAAGCCGCCACCUCGGUUGCGCCUGCGACAGAACUAGUGCAAACAGCAGCUUCCAAGGCCAUCCAGGAUGUCCCACCCUGGAUACACUGGUCCAAAAUUGAUACGGCUCCGCAACUGAAAAUACUCGAUCCAGCUCAUCGCUUGCAGCUCAAAUCGAAUCGGGGCUACCGGAUGUCUAGAGCCAACGUGGGCGUGUCGCCCUCCUCCGCCGUGUCCACCCAUAACCCCAACACGGCUGCUACGCCAUCCUUCUUAACGUGUUUUUACUACGAGUGUUGGAUUCUCCCGGGACCAUCUGCUCACGAAAUUUGGCAGUCCUUACCGCCCAAUGCGAGGCUGGGAGCUGGUUUACAGAAACAACUCGACCGCGCACUCGCCUGGGAAGAACAGCACGGUUAUCAGGAUGGUUCUGGCGGUACCGCGAAAAAACGUACGCACGAAGCAAUGAAUGAAGAGGAUGACGAUGGGAGUGACACUCAGGGGCCUCCCUCGUUUGGAGGCCACGUGCGGUUAGGCUGGAGCAUGCGCACUGGGGAUUUACAAGCGCCCGUGGGGUACGACAAGUGGAGCUACGCGAUUCGUGACAUCAAUGGAUCCAUUCUACACCAGUCGCAACGGGACGACAGCUGGAACGACGGGGAAGGGUUCACCGUCGGCGAUGUGGUGGGAUGUGCGAUUGGCUUGGAUCAGGGCGAGCCCAAAUACAAUCACAUACGAUUUUUCAAAAAUGGGUCCGGUCUCGGGCCGAUCGUUCUACGCAAAGGCAAACGCACGGGUGGGGAAGCAUUCUCCGGUAUUGAAUCCGGCACCUAUUACCCGGCCGUAUCUAGUUACAUGGGUGGAACAGUUCACGCCAACUUUGGCCCGACCUUUGUUUAUCCACCGCGCAAACUGCCAGCCGGUAUCAAGAUUGCUCCGCUCACGGAUCUUAACCCACCACCCUUGGAUCCCGACGCGGCCGUGGCCAAACUUGCCAACGUGAUCAAACUUUUUCGCAAACCGGAACAACAGCAGAAUCUCAGGGCCGCGAUACGAGCCGAAGCGACGGUGAUGUGUCAAUCGUAUAACAACUUUUUGGAGAAACACUUGCAACAGGUCCGAGCGCAACGCUUGGAUCGAGAUUUGCCCGUAGACGACUUGCCGCAACCAUCUGUCGACGCAGAGAAUUCCAACAUCAAUGUCAAUUAA